CCUCAGAUUCAGGUGUACAGCCUGGAGACCAGCCAGUGCGAGCUGACCGUGGGGGACUCGGCGGGAGACUUCACCUGCGUCAACCUGAGAGACAGCCACCCUCACCUGCUGGUGUGUGGGAACAAAGACAGGUGUGAGUGUUUGACUUGCGUACGGACUCGUCAGACGUCUCUUUAUAUGCCCUUCACAUGGGCGUGACCACCGUCCAGGCAGAUGAUUGGAAGAUCGUGAGCGGCGGUGGCGAGGGAUUGGUCAGUGUGUGGGAGAUGAGGAUAGGAGCCAAACUCUGGGAAAUGCACAACAGGCUUCACAGGGUUAAGACCAUCCUGGCGAUGCAUAAUCAUACUGUGAUUCAACAGCCAAUGUCCCUGAUGAGAAGAACCCUCGCGGGGCUUGUAUCACAGACGAUGACCUCAAAGCUCACCGCAGAUUCAGAGGGCUGAUCUGUCACUAUGACUUCUCAAUGGACUCGUCUACCCCGGAUCAGGUUCUGCCCUUCUGCAGGUCCAACUACACCGAGUCCUCUGGAUACAACUAUAACAUUGGCUUGGCGAUGCUGUAUUACAUACUGAGUGGCCCUUAGGUUGGCAUUUAAUACUCUGUUCUUUUAGGACCAGUUGCACUGGAAAGAUUGGCAUUGAAUUAGCUAUAUAAAAGGGGUCAUAUGAUGCGAUUUCAAUUUGUCCUU